CCCAGUUGUUUCAGUGUUUGAAACGCAGAGCGGGACCCCAGCAUGGAUGUGAAUUCGUCUUUACCCGACAGUAACUCGACGAAUUCCGAAGACCAGCCAGCAGUAUUACCCACAGUACUUUUUUCGUUUGUAAUAGCCACUGGUUUUCCAGGGAACUUACUGAUCGUGAUCGCGAUCAUCGGUCGCCAGCAGUUAAGAGCCCCAUGUUAUUCGUUGAUCCUCAGCAUCGCUGUGGCCGAUCUUGGCAUGGCUCUCAUUGCUGCCCCUCAGCGGAUUAUUGAGAAUUACAUCGGUUGGCCUUUUGGCAGUUUCAUGUGCAAUUUCCUCGCUUCCAUUCAAGAACUCUUCGUCAGUGUUUCGGUGAUGACACACACAGCCAUCGCUUUGGAGAGAUACCGCGCAAUCGUGCAGCCGUUUAAAGAGCGAAUGAGCUGGAAGAUGGCAAAGAUCACGGUAGCUGUCAUUUGGUUAGCCUGCUAUAUAAGCGCCGCUUUGCCUCAAGCUGUUAUGCUUGAUCUCUAUCAAGAACCCGACGGGAAAGUAUACUGCAUUCCGGAGUUCCCAUCCGAUGAAGUCCGCCGCGUGUACGAAUUUUACCUCGUAAUAGUGUUCAUCGCAGUACCUUUAUUCAUCCAGUCAUGGUGUUACGUAAACGUGUUCAUGGUUGCCAACCGUGAACUGGACCGACUUACCAAGAAGAACUCGAUCAGGAAAGAUAUCCUUGAACGAAGCAAGAAAAAGAUUCGCUUGGUCAAAGUCUUGGUGUCUCUUGUAGCAGUUUUCCAGUGUUGUUCAAUUCCUCGAGGUGUGUUGAUGCUGAUAAGAGAAUUUGAAGGCGACGAAGCGAUGGAGGAAAACCAGUUUUACUGGUAUUCCGACGUAAUUUCUCUUUUCGCUUAUUAUAUCAAACAUAUGAUAAACCCUGUUAUUCUUUGGAGCACAAGCAGCGAGUUUCGAUUUUGCUGUUGA